AUGGCCCGACUCAACGAACCGCCCGCCGCGCCUGCCUCCACCUCCGCAACGGCGCCUGGAGAGAGUGUUGAUGCUUUGAAGAGACGCUUUAUCCGGCAGAACCGCGAACUUGCGAAGAACAACUCGAGCCAGUCCUUGCGCAUUCGGAACCUCGAGUUGGAAGUGUCCCGAUUACUGUCAGACAAUCUCGAUCUUCGGAACCAGGUGCUUCAUCUGCAGAAUGAAGUCUACACGGCGCAGACACGAGCUUCACAGAAUGCGGCUCAGACCUUGAAGGACGAGAUGAGGGCAAAGAUGGCGGAGUUGGCUUGCAUUGUGGAUGGCAUAGACGAGGCGCAAGAGGUGGAGCUCCCGGACGCGCUGAGGAGGAAAAGGCCGGUCGAAGGCAAUUGGAGGGAACGACAGCCACUGUCUGAGCUCAUGCGGGAGACGCAAAUGCCCACGAUCACAGAGGACAAAUCGUACCCGCGGAGAACGCUCGGCACGGACGAGAUCCAGGCGAUAAGGCUGUCGGACCACAGCAGCAACGAGUCGCCAGAUCUAGGGCCACCACCUGUCGCACGCUUCGACUAUGAAGAUCCCGUUAAGAAUGCUUCUCCACUUGGAAACAAGACGUCGCCGGAGCAGCCGGCAGUGCCAUGUGAAAAGGAUGUUCUACCUGCGAACUUGACAGUGAACUUGGAGACAAGACGAAAGCGGAAGGACGGGUCGUCGAGGCUGGAGAUAAAGAGACACUCUUUAUUGCCUCAGUCGCCUGUCAAGUCGGAGGAGGGUCAGCCUGCUUCGACUAUCCUGCGGACUGGCGCGAAGAGGAAACUUGCCGAUCGUGAAAACGACAAGCCGAUCAAACCACCGAGCAAGGGCGACUUCACUUUCAGCAGGAAGACGCUUUCGGAGGACGCUCGUCCGACCAUGCAGAAGCCGGCUUCCGCCGAGCAGGUGGAGGAGGUCGCGCAGGCAUCGCCAAAGCCCACGAGGAGGGUUCUUGGUGACAAGAGCGUCAACAUGUCUCCUCGGAAGCCUGCCAGUAGAGCAGAUAAGCCCGAAAAGGAUGGCCCAGAGAAGGAAGUUUCGUUCAAGCCCAAAGCUGGGAAGGAUGCCGCGCCUGGUAGGAGACGGCGAGCUUCGUCCAUUCCACUGCCCUCGCCACCUAGAGACUCCAUCGCUGAGACUGUAGAGAUCCUGCCACCACCGCCACCAGCGCUCGCAGAAGAGCCGAACCCAAAAACUCCAGCGGCACUCGACCUCUUCUCGCCUACACCUUCCGAGCCAUCAGCCAAACCUCAAGGUCGAGGCGAUACUCCACCCCCUUCCGACCUCACCACCCUCAGCGUCACGACCGACGGCGGCGAGGUGCGACCAUCGCGACGUGCACGCUCGGCUGUCAACUAUGCAGAGCCCAGUCUCAUCUCGAAAAUGCGGCGACCAGACAAGAAGAUGGUAGAUGCACUCACUGGGCUUCAAGAUCCGCGGCGUGCUAUGAACGCGUCCGAUCGAAAAGCUCCGAUGUCCGCAUCUCGCAUGGUGGAGAUCAAACAGGAGCCUGUUGACGAAGAUGAGAACAACCAGGAGAACGCAUGGAAGGACCUACCGUCCGCCUCAGCGCCAUUGAGCCCUCUCCAUCAGAAGAGCGACACCCUCGACGACAACCCAAUCCAGCACUCACCACCACUAGACCUCAACCGCGCACACUCAGCUCCAGAACCCGCCGUUCUCACGAACGUGACCUCUGACCCAGACCAGCCUCGCUCAGCAACCUCAGCAACCAUCUCCGCCCUCAUGGCCGGCAGCCGCAAACGCCGGCAAUCCUCACAACAACCCUUCGCCACGGACAUCCAGCCGCCAUCCGUCGAAGAAGCGGUAAAGAAGCUAGAGGAACUCGACCUCUACGAAUUCAAAGAUAGUUCAUCCCCCAACUCUCCCGAGAAGGCCGAGAGCGCUGCUAGGGAGGUUAAGCCGGCUUCGCGAGCGCGGGCGACGGGGGGUAGGAGACAUAGUUCUGUGCCGAAGAACGAUUUUCCCGCGACGGGGAGUAGUAGGGCGAGGAGUAGGGCAGAGGCGGCUGUUAAUGGUAAUAACUGUGAAGGAGAGACCGGGACGGAGACGCUGGACGCGGCGGCUGGGGCGAGGAUGAGGAGGAGGAGGAGUAUGAUGGUGUAG